CUCUUCCGGGAAGUGAGAAUUAUGAAGGGUUUGAAUCACCCCAAUAUCGUGAAACUCUUUGAGGUGAUCGAAACAGAGAAGACCCUCUACCUGGUGAUGGAGUACGCCAGUGCCGGAGAAGUCUUUGACUACCUCGUUUCUCAUGGACGCAUGAAGGAGAAAGAAGCCCGGGCCAAGUUCAGACAGAUUGUCUCAGCUGUACACUAUUGUCAUCAGAAGAACAUUGUGCACAGGGACCUGAAGGCCGAAAACCUCUUGCUGGACGCCGACGCCAACAUUAAGAUCGCCGACUUCGGGUUCAGCAACGAGUUCACGCUGGGCUCCAAGCUGGACACGUUCUGCGGGAGCCCCCCCUACGCCGCCCCAGAGCUCUUCCAGGGCAAGAAGUACGACGGGCCCGAGGUGGACAUCUGGAGUCUGGGCGUGAUCCUCUACACGCUGGUCAGCGGCUCCUUGCCCUUCGAUGGGCAGAACCUCAAGGAGCUGCGGGAGCGUGUCCUGCGUGGCAAGUACCGUGUCCCCUUCUACAUGUCCACCGACUGCGAGAACAUCCUGAGACGCUUCCUGGUCCUGAACCCGGCCAAGCGCUGCACCCUUGAGCAAAUUAUGAAGGACAAGUGGAUCAAUAUCGGCUACGAGGGAGACGAGCUGAAGCCGUACAAAGAGCCGGAGGAGGACUUUGCAGAUGCCAAGCGCAUCGAAGUGAUGGUGGGCAUGGGGUACACGCGUGACGAGAUCAAAGAAGCUCUGACCAACCAAAAAUACAACGAGGUCACGGCCACCUACCUCCUGCUGGGCAGGAAGAACGAGCAGGUGGAAGGGGGCGAGUCGCGGACGGGCAGCAGCCUCUCCCUGGCCCGGGUGCGGGCGCCCAGUGAGGUCUCCAACGGCACCAGCAAGGCCUCCUCGCACACCAAGAGCCAACGUAGCUCCUCCACCUACCACCGACAGCGGCGGCAUAGUGACUUCUGCGGUCCCUCCUCCGUUCCCGUUCACCCCAAGCGGAGCCCCACCAGCACCGGGGACGGCGAGCUGAAGGAGGAGCGGAUGCCCUCGCGCAAGGCCAGCUGCAGCGUCGUGAGCAGCGGACGCGGCAUCCCACCCUCCAGCCCCAUGGUGAGCAGCGCAAACAAUCCCAACAAGUCCGAGAUCCCCGACCGGCGCAAGGAUAGCGCCGUGAACACGAACAACAUUCCCUCGAAUAUGAUGACCCGGAGGAACACGUACGUCUGCACGGAGAGGCCCGGCGGAGAUCGCCACUCCUUGCUCCAAAACGGGAAGGAGAACAGCUCCGUGUCCAGCCGGGUGCCCCCCGCCUCCCCCUCCAGUCACAGCAUCGCCACCUCGUCCACUUCUUCGGACCGCACCCGGCUUUCGCGCGGCACCAACAUCCGCAGCACCUUCCACGGGGGCCAGGUGCGGGACCGGCGCGGGACCGGGGUGCAGAACGGGCCCCCCACCUCCCCGACGCUCUCCCACGAAGCCACGCCUCUGCCGCAGAGCCGCAGCCGGGCCACCUCCAACCUCUUCAGCAAGCUCACCUCGAAGCUCACGCGGAGGGUCGCAGACGAACCUGAGAGAAUCAGGGGACCUGCGCUCACAAGUUGCAAUUUACCUUGGCAUCAAAAGGAAACAGAACCCCGGCUGCUCCGAUUUACCUGGAAUGUAAAGCUCACCAGCACCCGCCCCGCCGAGGCCAUCCUCGCCGCCCUCCGCCAGGCCACGGACGCUGCAGGCUGCUGCUGCCUCCAGACGGAGCCCUUCGUCCUCUCCUGUACGCACGAGAAGAGCCCCAGCGAGCAGUACUGCUCCUUCGAGGCGGAGGUCUGCCGGCUGCAGCGGCUGGGGGGCCUCCACGGGGUGCUUUUCCGGCGCCAGGCGGGCACCUCCCUGGCCUUCCGGGGCUUGGUGGCCAAGAUCACCGACCAGCUACAACUCUAGCGCCUCGGAGGGGCGCCGCCACAGCGCUCGACCACCCACAGGCCGGGGGACAGUGCCGAGGGGGGUGACCCGCGACUGCCCACCCCUGUCCUCGCGGGGCCAGGACUCCCGGGAGCCUGACUCUGUCGCCCGACGGAAAGAGGAGCUGCUUGGGACAGAGGGGGCUGUGCCAACCCCGCCGCCCAGCUGGGUGAAGGACGGGGGGGGGAGAGAAGGGAGGGGA